AUUUUUUCUCUGAUUAUUACACAUGACACUGAUUCUUUUUUCUAAAAGGAAUCUAAAGUAUCAAUCAACUUUCUAAGUAAAAGUUAAGAUCGAUGACCUCUUUGGCGUUUCAACUGGAAUAGUAAAUACUUGGGUUUGUUUAUUAUUGUGUCGGUUGAUAAAGAACUGUCAGGUAUUACUAAAAUUGUAUUAUUUUUUUUUUAAUUUCGGAAAGAAUCUUACCAUAGCUCGUAUUUAAAAUGAAUUGCAGACUAUUUAUGAAAUAAACAAAUAAAUAAGAUAUGAAAAAGGAUUCAAGCAUUGCUCAUGAAGGGGAAAGCAGCAAAAAGAGGAAAAGAAGUUCAAGUUCAGAUUCCAAUUCUGAAGAGCAUUUGAAAAAGAAACAUCAUAAAAAAGUGAAGAAGAAGAAGGAACACACUCCAUCUGGUAGUAACUCUGACUCAGAUCACAGUAGAAAGAAGGCCAAAGAAAAGAAGAAACACAAGAAAAACAAAAAAGAUAAAAAGGAAAAGAAAAAGAGGAAGAAAUCCGACAAGGUUGGUCCAGAUAUUCCUGAAGAACUCAUAGAAAAACGUAAGAAGAUGGCACCAAUGACUAAAGAAGAGUGGGAAAAGAAACAAAGUAUAAUUAAAAGAGUUUAUGACUCAGAAACAGGUAGACACAGAUUAAUUAAAGGUAGUGGUGAAGUUUUGGAAGAAAUUGUUUCUAAAGACAUGCAUAAGCAAAUUAAUAAGCAAGCAACUAUUGGUGACGGAAACUUUUUCCAAGCAAAGCUAUCAAAUAAGUUUUAAUGUACUUAUACCAAAGGAUUAGUAAUAUAAAUGCAUGUAAAUAUGUGGUAGUUAUUGACUUCAUAAUUCUAUUAGAAUUUCAUGUUUAAUCAUACUGAUGAAGUUUGUUAACUGGUCUUUGUGUAGUUGAAGUACUUGUUAAUGUUUAGUUCAUUUUGAAAUUAAAUUAGAGUGAUCUAAUGGUUACUUGUUACCAUUUAGCAUGCUCAAUGUGAUGAGGAAAGUUCUAUGAUGUUUAAUGUUCCUUGCCUAAGAAGCAGUAAUGUAGUUAUAAUUUUUCAAUGUUCUUAAGAAUGAAUGUGGAGAUAUUCCCCUCAUAAUUUAGUUUAGAUGCAUAUUAAUGUUUAUACUUAUUUAACGAGAUAAAUAUAUAUGUGUGGAACAUCCA